CACUCCCGACUCCUCGAAAUUUGUUUCUUUUUCAGCUUCCGGUAGCAACGACGGAUUAUGUGCUCCACGAAGCUUCGUACUAGUUUUGAUAUUAGUCGGUCAUUCAGUCAAUCAGUCUUUUCUAUCAGUAGCGCGAGAUUACAUCGGAAGGAUACUCGGGACACACAGCAGUGGUGCCUCGUGCAGUCGCCCAGCCCUACGCAGUAGAUUUUCACCCAGACCUGGCAGACUGACGGACAGUUGCGCCAAAGAUGGAGAAGUGGAGGAGGGCCUGUCCCAGUCUUCAACUUUCCAGCCGCAGCUGUCGCCUCCAUCAUCGCCAUCUUCACUUAACUACGUUCCUUCACAAAGUAAACCGUGCUCAACCACCACCGGCUCUUCGCUGCUGUGCAGGUAGCAGUGGCAGCACUUCGCAGGGUAAUUUUUCCGUGGUGCCUGGUGCAACCAUCGCAACCAUACUUAUGCUUGGCGCUCUCCAUGCUCGUCGUCUCUAUGAUGAUAAAAAGAUUGGAGAGGCAAAAGCGAAAGGUGUUGAAAUAGAGUUCCACACAGAUGUAAAGGCUAGAUUCUUGAGAUUGCUUCCUUUGCGUGCUAUGUCAAGAUUUUGGGGCUCCAUAACCAAUGUGGAGCUUCCCAUUUGGCUGCGGCCGCAUGUAUAUAAAGCAUGGGCUCAAGCAUUCCACUCCAACUUAGAGGAAGCCCAGUUACCUUUAGAAGAAUAUGGAUCUCUACGAGAAUUUUUUGUUCGAAGGUUAAAAGAAGGCUCAAGGCCUAUUAAUUCUGACCAUAACUGCCUGGUCAGUCCUGUUGAUGGCAUUGUACUGAGGUAUGGUGAAUUGGGAGGUCCAGGGGCUAUGAUAGAGCAAGUGAAAGGAUGUUCUUAUUCUGCUGCUUCAUUCCUUGGAGCAAAUUCAUAUCUUCCAACGCUAGCUGCAGGAGAUUCUAAUGCAGAAAGUGGUGGAGAAGAGAACUCAGUCCAAAAUAUGACCCAAAAGUCAUGGUGGAAAGUCUCCUUGGCUUCUCCUAAAGUUAGAGAAACUGCAUUGUCCUGCCCUCAGAAAGGCCUAUUUUAUUGUGUAAUCUACCUGAGGCCUGGAGAUUACCAUCGUAUACACUCUCCUGUUGAUUGGAAUAUUCUUGUUCGUCGGCAUUUUGCAGGCCACCUUUUUCCUGUGAAUGAACGAGCAACAAGAACUAUUAGAAAUCUGUAUGUUGAGAAUGAAAGGGUGGUCCUUGAAGGUCAAUGGCAAGAGGGCUAUCUUGCAAUGGCAGCAAUUGGUGCAACAAAUAUUGGUUCCAUUGAGCUUUUUAUAGAACCUAGUUUGAGGACAAAUGGUCCCCAGAAGAAGUUGCUACAUUCACAGCCUCCGGAGGAACGAGUUUAUGAGCCUGAAGGCAUAGGAGUGCAGCAUAAGAAGGGAGAUGAGAUUGCUGCUUUCAACAUGGGGUCAACUGUGGUGUUAAUCUUCCAAGCCCCAAAUUCUAAAUCUCCUGCUGCCAAAGAUGGCUCACCUGAGUUCAGGUUUUGUGUCAACAGGGGCGAUAAAAUCCUCAUGGGAGAAGCAUUGGGAUGCUGGAAUUGACUAAUUGUGUACUCCUAUCCUGUGGGAACUCAAUAUUGUCUAGUCAAGAGGUUGAUGGCACAAAGUUUGCUGUAGUGCAGUGGUUGGUCAAAACACCUAGUGGGUAAACUCAUAAUAUCUCAGUCUGCUUAAUUACUGAAUGAACUGUCACUUGAGAAAAAAAAAACCCAGGUAUUAUGCUAAA